AUGGCUCCUCCCAACACUAUCGAUGCCGGUUUGACCCACCGCCACGUUGUCAACCCCACUGUUGCCCCUGUCAAGGCCGCCUAUGAGCGCAACUAUGAGCUUCCCGAGUUCACGAUCAAGGAGAUCCGUGAGUGCAUCCCUGCCCACUGCUUUGAGCGUUCCGGCUUCCGUGGUCUCUGCCAUGUUGCCAUCGAUCUCACCUGGGCCUCGCUCCUCUUCCUGGCCGCCACCCAGAUCGACAAGUUUGAGAACCCUCUGAUCCGUUACUUGGCGUGGCCUGUCUACUGGGUGAUGCAGGGCAUUGUCUGCACGGGCAUCUGGGUCCUUGCCCACGAGUGCGGCCACCAGUCGUUCUCGACCUCCAAGACUCUCAACAACGCUGUCGGCUGGGUCCUGCACUCGCUCCUUUUGGUCCCUUACCACUCCUGGAGAAUCUCGCACUCGAAGCAUCACAAGGCCACCGGACACCUGAACAGGGACCAGGUCUUUGUCCCCAAGACCCGUACCCAGGUUGGAUUGCCCGCCAAGAAGGAGAAUGUCGUCGAGGAGGAUGAGGCCGUGCACCUGGACGAGGAGGCUCCCAUUGUGACCCUGUUCUGGAUGCUCAUCCAGUUCCUGUUCGGUUGGCCCGCCUACCUGGCUGUCAACGCCUCGGGCCAGGACUAUGGCCAGUGGACCUCCCACUUUCACACCUGGUCGCCCAUCUUUGAAGCCCGCAACUUCACCGACGUUAUCUUCUCUGACCUUGGAGUUCUUGUCACCUUGGGUGCCCUCGUCUACGCCUCUCUCCAGACCUCGCUCCUCGCCGUGACAAAGUACUACAUUCUCCCUUACCUCUUUGUCAACUUUUGGUUGGUUCUCAUCACCUUCCUCCAGCACACCGACCCCAAGUUGCCUCACUACCGCGAGAACGCCUGGAACUUCCAGCGUGGAGCCCUCUGCACCGUCGACCGCUCGUUCGGCAAGUUCUUGGACCACAUGUUCCACGGCAUCGUCCACACCCACGUUGCCCACCAUUUGUUCUCUCAAAUGCCGUUCUACCAUGCUGAGGAAGCCACCGCCUGCCUCAAGAAGCUUCUUGGCCAGCACUACAUCUAUGAUGAUACCCCCAUCGCCCUCGCCACCUGGAGAUCCUUCCGCGAGUGUCGAUUCGUCGAAGACGAGGGCGACGUUGUCUUCUUCAAGAAAUAA